AAACUCUAGAUAUUGAGUAGUAAAACAGACCUGAAAAGACGACGAGGUGACGGUGGUCGACGAGGUGACGGUGAGGCAGGAAUUUUGGUUCUGAUAAAUCCAAAACAUUUCUAAUACCUAAGUGCAAUUUGUGAAUCAAGAGAUUCGCUGGAACGAAAUUCACAUGGAUCCCGGAAAUAAAUUUGAAUGUCCCAUGUGCUCAAAACCCUUCAAAACCAAGCAACGCUUUGACAAACACGUGGUCACGCACGAGCCAAACGCUAAGAAGAAAUGCGAAAUUUGCGGGAAAAUUUUGAAAAACCUGGUUACCUUGGCUGCGCACGUGAGAAGAAUUCACACUUCCCGUGAACGUCGCAGUUGCGACCUUUGUCACCGGAAUUUUUGCGACUCCCGCAAUUUACUGAGACACAUGGACGCCAUGCACGGAUCCGAACAACGAACCCGUUUCCCAUGCGAAUACCCGGGGUGUGCGAAAACCUACCUAAAUCAGCGCCACCUUUGGGGACAUGCAAAAACUGAACAUGCCGAAAACCCGGUCCGGUUUCCGUGUACCCUUUGCGGAAAAGAAUUUAAAUGCAGAACAAACCUUGAGUUUCACAUUCGCACCCACACGACCGAGAAGCCCUUCAAGUAUACCACGUGUGCGAAAAAUUUCGCACUAAGCCAGAAACUCAAGCAACACGAGUUGACCCAUUUGCCAAAAUUUGCACGAAAAAUUUUCAAGUGCAAAAUCUGUACGAUGACUUUCCUUGAGAGUGGCGGGUUGCGAAAGAAUAUCCGAGUAGUUCAUGAAAAUGAGAGGAAUUAUGAAUGCACAUUUUGUGAUAAAAAAUUCUCGAGAUCCUGCAUUUUGAAAAACCACGUGGACGCGGUACACCCAGCGAACAAGGAGAAGAUUCAUGCCUGCAACAAAUGCGAGUACAGGAGUCACUCGAAGAGGAAUUUAGACAGGCAUAAAAUACGGCAUGGUGUUAAAACUCAUGCAUGAUAAAUGCGAUACAAGUGGGAAGAAAUUUAUGUAUUUUUAAAGGUUUGCUCGGUCACUGGAGUCGCAUUAUGUGUAAUACUUGGGACAAGAAAUACAAAAUUUGUUAAUUUAUUGUUUAAUGCCAUUAAC